AUUAUUAUUGUAGCCGUGGCACCGCACCGCGAGGCGAGCCCGCCGCUCCACCCCCGAGUCGCACGCCCGCACACAACUUCUGUCUGUUCGCCUCAGUCGCAUUUUGACGUCGCUACAUAGUGCACGGAACGCCUUUCUUUCUCCACAUCAAAUAACACUUGAUAAAACCACAUAAAAUGGCGUGCUCAGUAGAUGCCCCCUCCCUCAAGGACCUGCCCAAGGUAGCCACCGACCUCAAGAGUCAGCUGGAGGGCUUCAACCAGAGCUGUCUCCGUGACGUCGACACCAACGAGAAGAUCGUGCUGCCAUCUGCAGAAGACGUAGCGCGAGAAAAGCAACACAACGCGCUACUUCAAGGCGUUGAACAAUUUCAGACAUCCUCACUCAGAAAAACGGAGACGGUGGAAAAAAUCGUGCUACCGAAUGCACUAGAUGUUGCCACUGAAAAAACUCAGAAGUCCCUGUUCGAUGGCAUUGAAAAGUUCGAUGCUACCAGGUUGAAGCACACAGAAACACAGGAAAAGAACCCACUUCCUGACAAAGAUGUUGUUGCCGCGGAGAAACAGCAUCAGAACCUUUUGGAGGGCGUUGAACACUUUGACAAGAGUCAGAUGAAGCACACGACGACGGAAGAAAAGAACCCAUUACCGCCUAUUGAAGCUAUCGAGGCCGAGAAGGAAAAGAACAAGUUCUUGAACGGCAUCGAGAACUUCGACCCUACCAAGUUGAAGCACACUGAGACUUGCGAGAAGAACCCUCUGCCUACCAAGGACGUCAUCGAGCAGGAGAAGACUGCCUGAAUAUCCUCAUUAAAUAACCACCCGCAACUAUAUCUCGCUAGUAUCGCCCGUAUUUUAAACUCGAUAUAAGUCAUAGGCCCGUUUGCGCUGUCCGUUUUAACAACGUCUUUAUUUUUAUCGAACGACAGACCUACUUCAAGGUUCGACCAUUUAGAAUGGACUUUGUGAACUGGUCCUUAUCAUUAGUUUAUAGGAACCAAAUUUUCUAUGUCACUUUUUAACGGUAUUUAAUAAGCGUAUUUUACGAGCAUUUUAUAAUUUAAUUUAUAUUGAAGGGAAUAAUUAAGUAUGAAUGUCCAGUACUGAUUUAUUUAAGUCGGGAGCACACUGCACUCCAAGUAUCUAUUGUUUAAUUCAGUGUUCUUCUGUGCUUGUGUUUUCUAUAAGUUGAGGUAUUGUUAAGUACUCAUGAGAAUUAUACAUCCCCGCGUGUGUGAUGCUCUGGUCAAUAAAUUAGGAGUGUAGUUACCAAAUCUCAUUUGGGUCUAAAUUAAUUUUUAACUUUAUUUCUGCGUUGAUAUAGUAUUUUUCCAUUGUAUUGACUUAGAAAUAUGGUAAGAAUCAUCGAAUGUAGUAGUACUGUAACAAUAUUUACUUGCUCAACCAUAUUAUGGUAUAAAGUAUUCGGUCUGAAACAAAAAGUAAAGCAAUAGUUUGUCUAAGCAAUGAUGUGAACAGUCAUAAUUUUUAUAUUGUCAUAUACAAUCAUAGUCAAACAUUUUUCCAUUUUUAUAAUAAUGCUGUCGAUGCCAAUAAACCAUUUUUACCGGAAUUUUGUAUGUUUUACAGACGGUGCUUUUUUAUAAAUAUAGAUAUAAAAAAUG